AUGCCAGACAGUGCUUCUGCACUGGACUUCUUCCAGCUCUUCGUACCGGACAAUUGCAUCCAGAACAUGGUCACCCAGACGAAUAUGUACGCCAAGAAGUUCCAAGAGCGCUUUGGCUCGGACGAGGGCUGGCGUCCGGUCACUGCGCAGGAGAUGAAGGCGUUUCUGGGUUUUGUCAUUUCCACCAGUGUGCACAGGUGUGAGUCUGUGCUGAGCAUCUGGAGCUCAGGUUUCUUCAGCAACCGCAGCAUCGCACUGAAGAUGAGCCAGUCACGCUUCGAGAAGAUCCUAAAAUACUUUCACAUCGUGGCUUUCCGGCCAUCUCAGGGGAGCAACCAGGGACUGUACAAGAUCCAGCCUUUCCUGGACUCGCUGCAGCAGUCGUUCAGCUGCACGUUCAGGCCCUCGCAGACGCAGGUUCUUCAUGAGCCUCUGAUCGACGAGGACCCGGUGUUCAUCACCACCUGCACCGAGCGCGAGCUCAGGAAAAGAAAGAAGAGGAAGUUCAGUCUGUGGGUGCGACAGUGCACGUCCACUGGCUUCAUUUGUCAGAUCUCGGUGCACUUGAAGGAUGGACAGGGAACCGAUGCUUUGUGUGCGCUCAAAAACAAGCCUCAGCUCCACAGCCUGGUGGCCAAGCAGCUGUGCCAAAACAUCUCCGGGAAAAACAGCAUCAUCUUCACCGGGCCGUCCAUCACCAACCUCAACCUCUUCUCUGAAUUCAGCAAACAAGAUGUGUAUUGCUGUGGUCUUCUGAGCACCAGGAAGAGCGACUGCACCGGUCUGCCCCAGAGCAUGCUGAGCUGCUCCUCCAGCGGGGCGCAGCGCGGUCAGUCCCGUGUCAUGAUGAAGGGCGGCCUGUCCCUGAUCAGCUGGUACAACAAGGGCCAUUUCCGCUUCCUCACGAACGCCUACUCGCCCACUAAGCAAGGAAUGAUCAUCAAGAGGAAGAGUGGAGAAAUCCCUUGUCCUCUCGCAGUAGAGGCGUUUGCGGCUCACCUCAGCUACAUCUGCAAAUAUGACGACAAGUACAGCAAAUACUUCAUCUUCCACAAACCUAAUAAAACAUGGCAGCAGGUGUUCUGGCUCAGCAUCAGCAUCGCCAUCAAUAACGCGUACAUCCUCUACAAGAUGUCCGACGCCUACUCCGCCAAGCGCUACAGCCGGGCACAGUUUGGAGAGAGGCUGGUCCGCGAGCUGCUGGAUUUAGACGACUGUUCUCCCACACAGUGA